GUAUUCCAUUCCAAGUAUAUCUAUUAUAAUUAUUGACAAAAUUAAUAUAAAAAGAGAACCAUUCCAAGAUAUUGCAUGGUGUAUUCCAUUCCAAGUAUUAUAAAACGAGAAUCAUCAGUAAAAUUUUCUCAUUCUGGAUUGAAAUUCAGCUGUGAGUUAGUGCAAUUAUGAAGAUUCAGCUUUUCUUCUGCAUAGCCUAUGUGCUAGCACUAAGUCUGGCAAAAGCAUCUCCCUCAGGACACAAACAGAAAGAUUUCAAAGUGUACAUCAAUGUGACAUACAGUCCCACUGCAUCCUUUCACAAAUCCCCUCCUUACUACCAGGCUGGCACAUCCAUCACUCUCACUUGCAUGGUAGACGGCGUGACUGAGGGUAUAUUCUUUGAAUGGAGUUCUGACUGCAAGGGAGGUAGUUGUUUCGCAAUUGGAGCCUCUACCCAAUCUGUUCCAAAAGCUUAUUUGGAAUCUAAGGACUCUGGAACUCACACUUGCAUUGUAUAUGAUAGUCUUGGCUGUACUGGCAAUGCAAGCGUUGCUAUCCAAGUUGUUGGUGCUGGUAUUUAUGUGACUGGUGGUCGUCAGUCCUUGCCAAAUGAUGGUUUGAUUAUAGCACAAGCUUACUCUAAACGAAUCAGCGAGUUUCGAUGCUUAUCUGGAACAAAUAAGCACAAUGUUGGACAGCUCAUUGGAACCAAUGGACUUGAUAUUGUCAGCGAUAGCACUGACCCAUUCUUCAUAACGAGAGGGAGUGCUUACAGCCCUGGAAUGAUCCACGUUCGAAAUACCCUAUCAUUUGAUGAGGGCUAUGAUGGAAUAUACACCUGCAAAUUACCUGAUGAAAAUGGGGCAAUAUCUUCUGUGAAUGUAGGGCUCUAUCGCAGUGGUGUUGAAGCUCCCACUGUCUCGGAGAUGGAAAUCAGUUCCAAGGAUUCAGUGUACACACUCACAUGCCUCUCUACUGGCUCCCCUGCCACUGUUGCAUUGUGGACGUAUGAUGAAGAGCCAAUUUCAAACAUGAACAGCACCCAAUACAUAUCAAGGAAGGUUAUUACAGAUCGUCGGAAAUCUACAUACUCAAAUACUCUGGAAAUUAGUGGGAGCUUUGAGGAUAUUGUCGGAGAGUACACAUGCCAGGUGAGGAAUCGGCUUGGAAUGUCAAACAAAGUAACGAGAGAGAUCAAAGGUCUGUAUGUCACUGGUUAUGAGAAGCCAAUUAUAGUUAAUCUUCAGCGAGUAAUAAACUGCUCUACUCAUCUAAAUGUGAGCAGGAUGGAAUGGAUUCUUGUUGGUAUUCGUGAUGACCCGGUGGAGGAGACCACCAGCUCUCAAUCACUACCCCUCACUCUCUCCCCUGAGAGCGUAGGGCUGGAUGGAGCCAUGUUCACUUGCAGAGCUGUGACUGUUGGGGGAAAGGUGUUCGAAGAAACAGUAACAAUUCAUGUGAAAGAGUUUGCGAAUUCUGUGGCUAUCAAUGGGAGCAGCGAGAAUUCCCUGUUGGCUGGUGGUGCUUACAGCUUUGACUGCAUUGUUGAGUCUGAUCUGACCCCUACUGUUAUAUGGAUGGAUUCCAACCGGAUGAGCAUUUCUAAUAGCAGUGAAUUCCAAAUUGAAAGACCGAUAAAAUCUGGUUUGCAAACCAUACUGAGACUAACAUUCCCUAACUUGAAGACAUCUCUUGGAGGUAUCUACUACUGUGAAUCUACUGUUAUUGAGCCACAGUCCGUCAGAGAAGCAUCAAGAGUCAUUAAGGUCAAAAUUCCAAGCCCAAUAGUUAGCAUCAUCAGAUCGCCAUCUGAUGAUCUACUCUACACAACCACACAGUUGACCAUCACCUGUCUGGUAGAGGUGGUGCGAGUAGACAACACAACUGCUAUUGCUGUGAACAGUGCUUGGACAAGCCCAGACUCAAGCAAUGAUACCAGAAAUGUGGACACUAUGAUAAAUCAUAUGCUAAAUUCUGCACUCACAAUACCAUCACUUCAGUCAUCUGACUCUGGCAGAUACAGUUGCUCCUUUUCAGUCAAUUCUUCAUCAGCUUACGUUACAACAAGUGAUCAAGUUAGUGCUUCUACAACAAUACGAGCAGCACUGAAAGUCUCUAUCGGAGUGACGUACCCAUCACCUGACCAGUACCCCCACUAUAGUCCUCCAAAUUUCCGAGCUGCUUCUCUCGUCACGCUCCGUUGUAUUGCUGAAGGUGCCUCUGGGUCUGUUGAGUACCGAUGGUCAUCAACCUGCCGCUCCUGUUUUGCCUCCAAUAGCUACUCAGCAAGCAUCAGUGAGCAGUUUCUACGUUCAAGGGAUACUGGAGAGCAUACGUGUACUGUAAGGGAUAAUGCUGGUAAUUCAGGAAGCUACACACAGGAAAUGAAUAUCGUUGGUGCUGGGAUCUAUGUGGAAACAGCCAGCUACCAUGGAGGAUCAUCAUCAUCACAGCCUAACAACUCCUACAUUGAUUUGCAGAAUGCAUAUUCAGAAUCGUCGAGCUAUUUUGCUCUCUACUGUUGCUCUGGGAAUAGAGGUGCUAGUGGAUCAAUUGUUGACUCAAGUGGACUAUCAAGAGCAUCAAGCUACAGCAAUUAUGAUAUUAGGAGAUACUCCAGCUAUGACAGUCAUGCUGGUUGCUUACGUUUUGAGGCUACCAAAAAGUGUCGACAAUAUAACUACAAUUAUUAUUCUAAUCGUCAUUGCAGCUCUUACUAUAGCAAUCCGUCAAAUGGUGUGUACACAUGCAACAUUCAAGAUCAAAAUGGAGUUUUACAACGUGUAAACUUUGCAUUAAUGGAAAGUCGCACCUAUCCCACUAUCACAAGUUUCACCCGUGUACGCUACAGAAGUAUCCUAACCCUACGUUGUGUGACCACUUCUGCACCACCCACCUCUUUAACAUGGACUAGAAAUGGAAGGACUAUCAAUGUUGACGGUGAUAUGUACCGUAUUACGCAGACAGUCUCUAGCCGCACUUCCAUAGUUUUUGAAAACAAACUGGAAAUAGUGGAUACCCCUGACAAUUUUACUGGAACGUAUCAGUGUAGGGUGGACAACAAUUAUUACGGCUUGGCAAGAACUAGUUCUCUUACAGUCAGAGGAAUCAGUAUAACUACUUCAGCAGCCAGGCUUCGUGUGGGACAAAGAGCAACAUUCCAAUGCUCUAGUGAUCUAGAUCCCACUAGCAUCACCUGGUAUGAGAAUGGUACUGUUGUGCCUAGUUUUAGUGGACAGGUAUCAAAGAAUCCUGUUUCUUCGAAUGAUGAGGACAGAGUAUUACGGUGUUUGGUUGCAAGUCCGUAUGGUCAACAGGAGAGAAACAUCAGAGUUAAGACAUAUGUUCCUGCUUUGUGGGCUACUGUUCAGUUAGGUGGUUACGAAGACACCGCCCUUCAUGGACACAACUACACCUUCUACUGCACAGUGACUGUCAUCGCUGGACUAGCACUGCCUGUUACGAUGGAAUGGUUGCAUUCGAAUGGGUCUGCAGUUUCCAAUGAUCGUGUUGUGAUUCAUAGCACUACUGUUUCUCGAGUAACAACUCUUACAAUGACCGUUGCACCAAUUUUGACCACUGAUGGUGGAAAGUACUCUUGUCAAGCUAGCGUUAAUGUGCCCUGGAUGGAUGAACAGCCACCGAACAUUGCAGAGAGUGUACAUAUUCCAGUUACAACUCAAGCCCUAUUCCAGUUAAUGAUGGGCCCAGUUCAAUACUGCGUGAACUGGAAAAAUGAACAGAGCCAUUCGCUUGAAGAGGACAUCAAGCAAAGCAUCGAGACUGCUAUUCGUGACAGAUGUGACUGUAAUUUUGAGAGUUCUGCAAUGUUCUCAGGGGAAUUUAGCUGUCAGACAACUACAACUCGUGUAACAUACAGGGCAACAAUUAAUGGAACGAGUGAUAUCCUUCCUGCCCCACAACUCAUUAGCUUGAUUGAGGAUUGGAGGGUGAAGAGUGGGACCAUGCUGUAUGGAAAGUUCAGGCUUAGGCUUAUGGACAAGAAUGAAUGCCCUCUUGAAAUUGAAUCGUUUGACGACGAAGAAUGUGGGGUGAAUCAGGACGCAUUAAUCGGCUCAACUCCUGAAAUUGGGGAUCAUUGCUACAAGAUCACCAGUGCACCGAACAACUGUUGAGACACAUUAUAUUAUAAAAAUAAUUAUAUGCACUUGACGUUUAGCAUAUUUGUCGACUCUAUAAUUAUAUGCGUAUACUAUAAUACAUGCAUGUAUAUUAUUAUUGUUUGCA